AUGGAUACUCAACCCACAAUUGUUUCUGAGAUCAUCAAUCCAGUGAUUAAUCCUCAACCAACAGUUAGUACUCCAGCAACUUGGCCUCCUUUUGGUCUCCCUCAUGGUUUUGUGCCUCCUCCUCAAGUACACUCGACUCAGCAUACAGUUCCACUAACUACUGAAGUUAAUCAAGUGAUUCCCACUUUUGCACCCAUUGCCAUGCACACUUUAGUUCAACCGUACUUCGAUGAUCAUCAAAAAGUGUAUGAUAUUCUUGAUAUUUCUGAAGAAGGUGAUGAAAGACAUAAAAAGCUGAGAGAAAUUGUUGAAACUAUUGAGAAAAGGUUGAGAGUAAUGGAAAGUGAUCAGGUAUUUGGUGUUGCUGCAAGAGAAAUAUGCCUUGUAUCUAGAUUGGUGAUCCCCACAAAAUUCAAGACACCCAACCUUGAUCAAUAUGAAGGAGCUACUUGUCCCAAAAGUCAUCACAUCAUGUACUAUAGAAAGAUGGCAGCUCACGUCGAUAAUGACAAACUCAUGAUCCAUUAUUUCCAAGACAGUUUGAAAGGUGCCUCUUCCAAAUGGUACUUGACCCUUGAUCAGACUCGCAUCUGUUGUUUCCGAUAUUUGUCUGAUGCUUUCAUCAAACAAUACAAGUACAACAUGGAUCUAGCUCCUGAUAGAAGGAAAUUGUUGAGCAUGUCCCAAAAAGAUUAUGAAUCCUUUAAAGAAUAUGCAUAA